AUGGGUAUAAGUUUAGCUUUUUGGUUAAUCGUUUCUUGUGUAUUAUUUUGGCCGACCUCAGAAGCUGUGGAACCGUGUUUCGAAGUGGGUGGACUCAUCGCUCCAGUGUUCACUCCAGUAUAUGAAGAUGGCAGUCUUCGCGUUGACAUCGUUCCUCAGUACGCGCAGUACUUAAAAGAUAAUGGAGUUGAUGGCGUAUUAGUGGCUGCAACAACCGGAGAAGGACCAAAUCUGAAUGUUUCUGAGAACAAGUUGCUUCUUGAUGCGUGGAUGGAAGCAGCUCCACCACUCGAUCUGAAGGUCAUCUCAAGUAUCGGCGCCGUGCCCUUCUCUGAUACAUUGGAAAUGGCUGUGUAUUCGGAAAAAAUUGGAGUGGAUGCCAUAAUGGCUUUACCUGAAGUCUUCUACAAACCCCGGGCGGUAGACGACCUGGUCUAUUACAUGGAACUCAUUGCUGAAGCAGCACCCGAAACGCCUUUGUUGUAUGAUGAUUAUCCUCGCUAUACUGGUGUCUACGUGAACAUGGUGGAUUUCGUAAGAGCAGCAACGGAAAGGAUCACCACAUUCCAAGGAGUAAAAUCUGACGUCUUUGACAAUGUUUUGUUACUUAGAAACAAAUUAAUUAAGGACCAGAAACUGUACGCUGGGGACUCCUUCUACUUAGCUCCCGAUGCGUUACUCGGUUACGAUAAUUACGUGAUGGUAGAACUGAAUAUUUUCCCGAAAGAGAUCAGGGACAUCAUUGCUGAUGGUGACGCGAUCGACAGACCAAGGACCCUGUCACGAUACGAACGACUUCGUGGACUUUCAGACAUCAUAUUAAUGGAAGGAAACACAAUAGCAGCAUAUAAGGAAGCCAUGAAACUGGUAACUGGUAUUGAUGUAGGACCAGUCAGGCCUCCCCAGCGAGCUCUCACUGAGGAACAGAAGUACAGACUCGAGUCCAGACUCAGGGCUUAUGACAUCGAUAUUGUCUACUCCACCAUCGAGGACUAA